AUGGCACCAAUUCUACUACUUCUCUCCGCCAUAUGCCAUUUGAUCGUGAUCGUCGGAUUAACCCUACACCCUACCGACUUCCUCAUCGGAACAGAACCUCAGUUAAGCUUCAACCGAACGGACCUCCAUUCCGCUUCUCUCGAUUUCGGCAAAAUGACGAGUAUCGAACCGACAGCGGUUCUUCAUCCGUCUUCCGCCGCCGACGUGGCAAAGAUCAUAAAAUUGGCUUACGAAUCCGGUCACGGAUUCGUGGUAUCAGCGAGAGGCCACGGGCAUUCAAUCAAUGGUCAGUCUCAGGCAGCCAACGGUGUGGUGGUCCAAAUGAGCGGAUCGAGUGGGGCUCCGGUGGCGCCGGUGGUUUCCGAGAAGUUGAUUGGACAAGCUUUCAACCAUGGCCCUCAGAUUAGCAAUGUUCAUGAGGUCGAUGUCGUCACAGGAAAAGGAGAGGUGGUGACAUGCGCAGAGAAUAAAAACUCGGAAUUGUUCCAUGGGGUUAUGGGAGGGCUAGGUCAAUUUGGGAUCAUCACAAGGGCUAGAAUUGCAUUGGAAGCUUCCCCUCAAAGAGUGAGAUGGAUCCGUGUACUGUAUUCAAACUUCUCGGUGUUUACCCAUGAUCAAGAAUAUCUCAUCUCCCUCCAUGGUCAACCAAGCUCCAAGAAGUUUGACUAUGUCGAAGGUUUUGUGAUCGUGGACGAAGGUCUCAUCAACAACUGGAGGUCUUCCUUCUUCUCCCCUAGUAACCCUGUUAAAAUCUCCUCCAUUGCUGAUGGUGGCAACGUCCUGUAUUGUCUGGAAAUCACCAAGAACUAUUACAAUCAUUCCGACCCACAAUCUGUUGAUCAGGAAGUGGACGCUUUGUUAGAGAAAUUAAACUAUAUACCAGCAUCAGUGUUCACUACUGAUCUUCCAUAUGUGGAAUUCUUGGACCGGGUUCACAAGGCUGAGUUAAAACUCCGGUCCAAGGGUUUAUGGGAUGUACCACACCCGUGGCUUAACCUGUUUGUACCCAAAUCAAGAAUUGCUGACUUUGACCAAGGAGUCUUCAAGGGCAUUUUGGGGAAUAAGACUAGUGGACCCAUCCUCAUCUACCCCAUGAACAAAAACAAGUGGGAUGCGGAGACAUCAGUGGUGACACCGAAUGAGGAGGUGUUUUACUUGGUGGCGUUGCUUAGGUCAGCUUUGCAGAACGGUGAUGAAGCAUUGACAUUAGAGCGGUUGAGUGAUGAGAACCGUCAGAUUUUAAAGUUUUGCAAAGAUGAAAAAAUCGAUAUCAAACAAUAUUUGCCACAUUACACCACACAAGAAGAGUGGAUGGAUCAUUAUGGAGAAAAAUGGCCCCAAUUUUACAAGAGGAAAAUGGAGUUUGACCCUCGGCAUAUAUUAGCCACUGUAAAUAUCAUAAAACCUCUACCAUCACCGCCGCCGACGACCAUUGACCAUCAUCCAGGUCAACUGAGAGAAGAAGAAGAAGAAGCGACUGCCACUAACAACCACCUGUUCAAAUCUAGCUUUGACGUCUCAGCGAUCACCACUAACCACCAUCUGUUCAAAUAG